UUUAUAAAAAAAAAAAAAAUCUCGGUCUGUUUUUUUUCUCUUCUUUUUCUCUCUCUCUCUCACAAAUUUCUUUCCCUUUUGUUCACUCAAAAGAGCAGAAAGGGACAAGAUCCCGGAAAGGCGUGCCAGCGUCAGAGAGACUCAUCAGUUCUCACUCGUACGGCGCUUUUGCUUUGCUUUGCUUCAUUUCUUUCAUCGUCAUCAUAAAGUUCGUUCCUUUCUCAGUUUUCACCCAUACCCAGAUGAGUAACAGCACCAUCUCGGAUCUGUGUCCCUCCUUUGAGUGAAAAAGGUUCAAUCUUUGGUCUCUGGGGCUGUUGGGGUUCCGUCAUUGAAGAAGAAGAAGAAGAAGGGUAUUAUUGUUCUUAUAAUCAUGUACCCGAGGCUCAUACACCCCCACGAUGGGAUUGUGACGCAGGAUGAGUUGCAGGGUGGUGCUGCUUCCAACCUCUCUCACGCUCACAAGGGUGACCCUUGUCUCGUUUUAACGGCUGAUCCCAAGCCUCGUCUUCGUUGGACUCAGGACUUGCAUGAACGCUUCGUUGAUGCGGUCACGCAGCUUGGUGGAGCUAGUAAAGCUACACCAAAAGCAAUCAUGCGGACUAUGAAUGUCAAGGGUUUGACUCUGUUUCAUUUGAAGAGUCAUCUUCAGAAAUACAGGCUUGGUAAGCAAUCUGGGAAAGAUGUGGGCGAAGGAUGCAAAGAUGGUUCAUAUCUUUUAGAAAGCCCUGGUGCUGAUAACACUUCUCCAAAGUUGCCAACUCCUGAUACAAAUGAGGGUUAUGAAAUCAAGGAGGCAUUGAGAGCACAGAUGGAAGUGCAAAGUAAAUUACAUUUGCAAGUGGAGGCGGAAAAGCACUUGCAGAUUCGCCAGGAUGCAGAGAGGAGAUACAUGGCGAUGCUCGAAAGAGCUUGCAAGAUGCUGGCUGAUCAAUUUAUCAGUGCUACAGUUAUAGACACAGACAGCCAAAAGUUCCAAGGAAUUGGAAGCAAAGCACCUAGAGGUACCUUGGUUGAUCCUCUUGGUUUUUACUCCUUGCCAUCCACUGAGGUAGCCGGAGUGAAUGUCCCGGAAGAAGAAAUACUGCCAAGUCUCCCACCCCAAAGGGCCGAUUGUUCAACCGAAAGUUGUUUAACCUCGCAUGAGAGCUCUGGAGGAUUGGCUUUAGAAGGAUCUCCAGGCGAGGGAAAAAGGAGGAUGCUAGGCAUGGACUCUAUGGCAGCACCUUUGAUCUGGAGUGAAGCUAAGAUGAGAACUCAAGCCAUCAAUGUAGCUCAAGGUAAUCAUCCUCAAGGAAUAACUAGGUAUGGCAUGUAGGGAUGGAAGGUCUUCUUGAUGGUUCAUCCCCUCAUAAUAUAUAAACCUUUGAGCUUCAUGCAUUCCCUUUUUUUAUGGGUACUUGAACUCUUCAUGUCUUGUAAGUUAGUGAGACAUAGGUGGAAUCAAUUUUACCCCUUUGUAAAUUCAAUCUACUCUGUGGCUUUAAACAUCGCAAAAAACUAGCUUUGACUAUACACAAAAUUGUGUGCUUUGGUGACUUAUAUGGAUUCCUUAUUGCUCAUUGCAUCAUGCUGAAUAAAGAAGAUGGAGAGUCAUUAGUAAACUCUUUGAACUC